AUGGGCAACACCAUCUGCUGCCAGUUCAUAAUGGACUUCCAUCCGAAGAAGCCAAAUUAUGAACUGAAGCUCCGCGAGAUGUUUCACACAGCAGAGUUUACUGAUGUCGUGUUUGAGGCCUCCGAUGGGACCAGGAUUCCUGCUCAUCGCAACGUUGUCGCCAUAUGGUCUCCGCUGCUCAAAACGAGGUGGAAGAGCACUGCAAACAAGAAAACCCCAAUCGUGAAUAUGAAGGAUCUGGAUGGUUCGGCAUUGUGGCAUUUUCUGGCGUUCAUGUAUGGUCAUGAAGAACCGGUUUCAUUGGAGUCCAUCAUGAGUGGAGUUUCUCUACUUGAAGCGGCACAUGAGUACGAUGUUUCAGAUCUAGUCGAGGUGAUGGACAGCAAGUUACACCUGAUUAUUAAAGAACAAAUUAAGGAGACUGAGGAGGAAACACUUCUCAUUGUUCUAAAAGUUGCUGGCCAAGCUGGUGCAAUGGCUACAUUCAAAAGCGUUUUUGAGAAGUUGGGCCGAGAAACUGGUCCUAACAUCAUAAAGAAGUUGUACUUGAGUGAAGAUACUCGGGACCAUGAGGUGGCAAACAAGCUUGUUACCAUGACAUAA